AUGGCUUCGAAAUCCGCUCAAAGACGAAUAAAACGUGAACGCUUGUGCAAAUACAUCCAAAAUUCAUCGCAAUACGAGUUCAACGAUCCAACCCACAAAAAUUUCUGGAAAUCGAGCAUCGAUGAGCUGGAAUUGGAAGCAAAAGAGUACGCAAAGCAACAAAAAAUCAAGUAUCAGGAUUUAUCGGCUUGCUUACCCAAGAAGUUGCAUGCUCGAGUAUCGAAGAUAAUCCCGAUUAUUCCUCUAGAAGAAGACAAAUUUGAGGAAGAAAAGGAAGUUGAGUUACUUGAUGAGAACGUAACGAAUGCCGGAAAAGAAUUAGAGGAGCUCGAUUUGGAUAAAGAUGCCAUCAAUAAGUUAACCGACAGACAACUCGACUACGAUUCCAAAGAAGUACUUUCACUCAAAUUGGAAGAAGAAGCUGCCAUCCGCAAGCCAAAUACCUUUUCCGCCAACUGGAUGGUCGAUUAUUUCAAAAAGCACAAUCAGGAACGUGUCAUAUGGCAAACGAAAUUGUACGAAAAGAAGAGACGUUUCGAGGAUAAACCUCUGUUUGAACAAGUUGAGGAACUUACCGAUUUAUCAGCAAAAUCUUUCGUCACUUGGUUAAACGAACUCGGACAAGAAAAGUCUGAAGUAACAGAGGAAAUGAUCAAAAAGCUCUUUUCCAUCGGAAUUGAGGAAGGCGUCUCAAAAGCACUUAAAUUCGGUUCAACUCACACAAAAGUCGUUCCCGACAAAGUCGCUUCCUACUGGAAUUUGAAACAAAAAGGCCUCGGACAUGAAAUCAAUAAAGCCCGUUUACGUGAAAAGAAGUUCCGAAGUAAACCAGAGAAAAAAGUAGCUUUCGGAAAAACCUUACCUCUGUAUCUGCAACACAGCCAUUCCAUGAUGAAAGACGCUCAAAUUAUUCCGCCAGUUUUUAAGCAAAUUCGCACGUUUGAAGGAAUUUUCAAGGGAAUCACCCAUUUGACAUCCAUUGGAUUGCUCGUGGAUUAUUUGAAGGAACAUCCUCAAAUCGAAAGACCAAAACAUCUCGUGGACGUGGGUUUAUUUGAUGAAAAUGUAGCACAAGCAAAACAACAAGAGAACAAACAAAAAUCACUUUUUGAACAUUCAAUGCAAUAA